AUGUCUACUCCAUCGGUUCAAACUUUUGGUAAGAAGAAGAACGCUACUGCCGUCGCUCACGUUAAGGCAGGUAAAGGUCUCAUUAAGGUGAACGGUGCCCCAAUCACACUUGUUCAACCAGAGAUCUUGAGACACAAGGUCUACGAGCCUCUACUUUUAGUUGGCUUGGACAAAUUUGCCAACUUAGAUAUCAGAAUCAAGGUCACUGGAGGUGGUCAUGUCUCCCAAGUUUACGCUAUUAGACAGGCUCUUGCCAAAGGAUUGAUCGCUUACACUGCUAAAUACGUUGAUGAGGCUUCCAAGAACGAGUUAAAGAAGAUCUUUGCCGCUUAUGACAGAACUUUGUUGAUCGCCGACUCCAGAAGAAUGGAGCCAAAGAAGUUUGGUGGUGCUGGUGCCAGAGCAAGAUACCAGAAGUCUUACCGUUAA